AGGUUUGUUUAGGCAGUAGGGUGUUUCUGCUGGGGUCUGGAUUGGAGUUACACAGACCGGACCCUACGUGUAUGAUCGAGGACAAAACAGGAUUCCCCUUGCCUCAAAGAGUCUACAUGUCUAAUAUUUAGACAUGUUCAGCUUUGUGGAUAUCCGGUUAGGGCUGCUGCUGUCCGCGGCGGUCCUCGUGGUGAGAGGACAAGGAGAGGAUGAUAGCUCAUUCGGUAGCUGUACAUUGGACGGUCAGAAUUACAACGACAGGGAUGUGUGGAAACCUGAGCCCUGCCAGAUCUGCGUGUGCGACAGCGGGACAGUGAUGUGUGACGAGGUGAUCUGUGAGGACACAUCAGGCUGUGACAAUCCAGAGAUCCCCGAGGGAGAAUGCUGCCCCAUCUGCCCCGACGAUGCAGACUAUGUGACUGAGGGUCCUGUUGAGGUUGGUCCACCUGGAGAUCCAGGUCCUCCUGGGCCUCCUGGCAGAGACGGUAUUCCUGGACAGAACGGACUCCCUGGACCUCCUGGUCCUCCUGGAACCCCUGGCCUCGGCGGCGGAUCUUUCCUCUCCCAGAUGGCUUACGCCAGUGAGAAAUCCAGCGGCCCCCCGGUCCCCGGACUCCCAGGCCCCCCGGGUCCCCGUGGCCCCCCUGGACCUGCAGGUUCACCUGGCCCUGCGGGAUUCACCGGACCCCCAGGUGAGCCUGGAGAGCCUGGUGCUCCUGGCCCCAUGGGUUCUCGCGGUCCCCUCGGUCCUCCUGGAAAGAAUGGAGAGGAUGGUGAAGCUGGUAAAUCCGGGCGUCCUGGAGAGCGUGGAGCCGCCGGGCCCCAGGGUGCUCGUGGAUUCCCAGGAACCCCUGGACUCCCCGGCAUCAAGGGACACAGAGGUUUCUCUGGUCUAGAUGGAGCUAAGGGAGACACUGGACCUGCUGGACCCAAGGGAGAGCCCGGUGUUCACGGUGAGAGCGGUGCUGCUGGAGUCAUGGGUGCUCGUGGUUUGCCCGGUGAGAGAGGUCGCCCUGGUCCUCCCGGCCCUUCUGGAGCACGUGGUAAUGAUGGACAACCUGGUGCUGCGGGACCUCCUGGACCCACUGGUCCUUCUGGUGCUCCUGGAUUCCCUGGUGGUGCUGGUGCUAAGGGAGAGAGCGGUCCUGCUGGAGGUCGUGGUUCAGAAGGACCCCAAGGAGCCCGUGGAGAGCCGGGUAACCCUGGACCUGCUGGAGCUGCUGGUCCUGCUGGAGCUCCUGGUGCUGAUGGUUCUCCUGGUGGCAAAGGAUCUCCUGGUGCCGCUGGUAUUAGUGGUGCUCCUGGGUUCCCAGGAUCUCGUGGACCUGCGGGACCCCCUGGUCCUUCUGGUGCUCCUGGCCCCAAGGGAAACAAUGGUGAUCCAGGACCCCAAGGCUCUAAGGGAGAUGCGGGUCCUAAGGGAGAACCUGGCCCAGUUGGACCGCAGGGUUUGGCCGGACCUGCUGGUGAAGAAGGGAAGCGAGGAGCUCGUGGUGAGCCGGGUGGAGCUGGACCUGUCGGACCCCCCGGAGGCCGUGGUGCUCCUGGAAACCGAGGUCUUCCUGGCAGUGAUGGAGCUCCUGGACCCGGGGGAGGCCCUGGAGAGCGUGGAGCCAACGGACCGAUGGGACCCCAAGGAGCCACCGGAGAGUCUGGUCGCCCAGGAGAGGCAGGAUUGCCUGGAUCCAAGGGUAUGACUGGUGCCCCUGGGAGCCCUGGACCUGAUGGCAAAGCUGGACCCUCUGGUGCACCUGGACAAGACGGCCGUCCUGGACCCCCUGGACCGUCUGGAUCUCGAGGAGCUCCUGGUGUGAUGGGAUUCCCUGGACCAAAGGGAGCUGAUGGAGAGGCUGGUAAGACCGGUGAGAGAGGAGUCGCUGGACCUCCUGGUGCUUUGGGCGCUCCUGGCAAGGAUGGAGAUACUGGUUCUCCUGGUGCUCCUGGACCUGCUGGCCCGUCUGGAGAGAAAGGAGAGCAGGGUCCUGCAGGUUCUCCUGGAUUCCAGGGUCUGCCAGGUACACAGGGUGCGACCGGAGAGUCGGGCAAACCUGGAGAUCAGGGUGCUCCAGGUGAAGCUGGUCCUCAUGGUCCUUCUGGUCCAAGAGGUGAUAGAGGUUUCCCCGGAGAGCGUGGAAGUAAUGGACCUGCUGGCCCCACCGGUCCUCGAGGGGCCCCGGGUUCUCCUGGUAAUGAGGGUGCUAAGGGUGAGCCUGGAGCCGCUGGGGCCCCUGGUGGUGUGGGGCCCGCUGGGAUGCAGGGCAUGCCUGGAGAGCGCGGCUCCGGAGGGAUGCCUGGGGCCAGAGGAGACCGAGGUGAUGGAGGACCCAAGGGUCCUGAUGGAGCUCCUGGUAAGGAUGGCCUGCGUGGAAUGACCGGCCCUAUUGGACCUUCUGGACCUUCUGGUGUUCCUGGUGAGAAGGGAGAGCCUGGUUCUAUUGGACCUCCAGGAAUGACUGGUCCUCGUGGAUCCCCUGGAGAGCGUGGAGAGCUCGGUCCUCCUGGACCUGCUGGUUUUGCUGGACCUCCUGGUGCUAACGGACAGCCUGGAGCUAAGGGUCAGAGCGGUGACUCCGGACCCAAGGGUGACGCUGGGGCUCCUGGACCCACUGGACCGGUCGGAGCCGCUGGCCCUCAGGGACCUGCUGGAGCUACUGGAGCUAAGGGUGCUCGAGGCGGUGCUGGACCUCCCGGUGCUACUGGUUUCCCUGGUGCUGCCGGUCGGGUCGGACCUCCAGGUCCUUCUGGUGUUGCUGGACCCCCAGGGCCCCUCGGUGCUCCUGGUAAAGAAGGGCCGAGAGGAGCCCGUGGUGAUCGAGGUCCCGCAGGUCGCCCUGGAGAAGCCGGAGCCUCUGGACCCCCAGGACCCUCCGGAGAGAAGGGUGGCAUCGGCCCCGAUGGCCCUGCUGGCGCCCCUGGUCUUCCUGGACCCCCUGGUGUUAUUGGAACUCGUGGAAUCGUCGGUCUUCCUGGACAAAGAGGAGAGAGAGGGUUCGGAGGUCUCCCCGGACCUUCUGGAGAGCCAGGGAAGCAGGGGCCCUCGGGGCUUGUUGGAGAGCGGGGGCCUCCGGGACCCAUGGGUCCUCCUGGACUGGGUGGAGCUCCAGGUGAAGCUGGUCGUGAGGGUAACCCUGGACAUGAUGGUGCUCCUGGCCGUGACGGUCCUCCUGGACCAAAGGGAGACCGCGGUGAGAAUGGCAACUCCGGUCCUCCUGGGGCCCCUGGUGCUCCUGGAGCUCCCGGCCCCAUGGGUCCAUCGGGCAAGACUGGAGAUCGUGGAGAGGCUGGUCCCGCUGGUUCUGCUGGUCCUGCCGGUCCUGCUGGUGCUCGUGGUGCUCUAGGUCCAGCUGGUCCUCGAGGAGAUAAGGGUGAGGCUGGAGAGGCCGGAGAGCGAGGCAUGAAGGGACACCGCGGCUUCACUGGAAUGGCUGGAGUUCCUGGACCCCCUGGAGCCCCUGGUGACCAAGGACCCGCCGGACCAUCUGGCCCUGCUGGACCUCGUGGACCUUCUGGCUCCAAUGGCAUGCCUGGUAAGGAUGGUAUGAAUGGUGUGCCUGGACCUGUUGGACCUCCUGGACCCCGAGGUCGCUCUGGAGAAAUGGGAGCUGCUGGUGCUCCUGGUCUCCCCGGACCCCCAGGGCCUCCUGGCCCCCCAGGCAUCGGCGAGCAGUUCCAACACAUGCCUCUGGGAGAGAAGGGUCCAGAUCCUCUGCGUGGAGGCUACAGAGCCGACGACGCCAGCGUUCGUGACCGCGACACCGAGGUGGACACCAGCCUAAAAACUCUGAGCCAGAAGAUCGAGAACAUCCGCAGCCCCGAGGGAACCAAGACCAACCCUGUCCGCAUGUGCCGCGACGUGAGGAUGAGCCAUCCAGACUGGAAGAGCGGUUCCUACUGGGUGGAUCCCAACGAGGGCUCUCCUCUGGAUGCCAUCAAAGUCUUCUGCAACAUGGAGACCGGUGAGACCUGCGUCAACCCAUCUCAGAACACCGUUCCCAUGAAGAACUGGUACACCAGCAAGAACAUCAGAGAGAAGAAGCACGUGUGGUUCGGAGAGUCCAUGCCCAAUGGCUUCCAGUUCCAGUAUGGCAGCGAGGGCUCUGAUCCUGAGGAUGUUAGCAUCCAGCUGACCUUCAUGCGUCUGAUGUCCAACGAGGCUUCUCAGAACAUCACCUACCACUGCAAGAACAGCAUCGCCUACAUGGACCAGACCACAGGGAACCUGAAGAAGGCUCUGCUGCUGCAGGGCUCCAACGACAUCGAGAUCAGAGCAGAGGGCAACAGCCGCUUCACAUACAGAGUCAGCGAGGACGGCUGCACGUCACACACUGGCACAUGGGGCAAGACAGUCAUUGACUAUAAGACAACGAAAACAUCUCGUCUGCCGAUCAUUGAUAUCGCUCCUAUGGACAUUGGUGCUCCCGAUCAGGAAUUCGGUGUAGAAGUUGGCCCAGUCUGCUUCUUGUAAAAAGAAAAAUCUGGACUUUGCUGUUUUGUUUUUUCUAGCAGUCAUCUUCAAAUCUUUUCCUGUUCAUAAAAAAAUCCCGAACUCUUAUUCGGCUGCAAUCGGUCCAUGUGCUUAACCCUGAAUCCCUGAGGACGGUGCCAUUCCAAUCUCGAAAAAAAAAAAAGUUCUUAAACCUAAAUUGAGGACCACUGCAUCGCCAUCAUGGACACUUAUCGAGAAUCCUUUGCAUCAGCUGACAACAAGAAAAUAAUAUAUACAUGUAAAUUGCCCCACCCCCUGGAGUCCACAGAAAAAUGACCAUCUGGUGACUUUCUGUGCCGUUUUUUUUUUUUUUACCACUGCAAAAGGACAAUGAGAAACACGCAAAUGCUAAUGUACCAUUCUCUGGUGUUGAAUAAAUAUGACAAACGACAGCCGAGUGUCUUGUUCCUUCUAAGUGAGGAAACUCACCAAACAUCACAGUUAGCUCAAUGGUGCAACGUCAUCUUGAUAUAAAGGCUACCUCAGGACAGAAACAGAUGUUGGGGGGAACACAAUGGGACUUUUUUUUUUUUUUUUUAAUUCACGUGAAGUUAGCGAUUAGUAACAGGUAUGAAACGGUGCUACUUGCUCUCCAGGUCCUGUCUGUGGUGUGUUUGUUUGCUAGAAAACCAAGCGCUUGAUUUGGUGCUGUCACUCGCAGGGCCGUUUUGGUGCUAAUUGUCAACAGAAUGUCAAUGUGAUGCAUUUACCAAAGUGUCAGCAGAUGAGGAGAAUAAAACGGCUGGUUACUGUAGAUUUGCACUUAAUCUGAUAUGGCUUAAGCGAAUGGACUGAUUGCCAGUUCGUCUCAUUUCCGUUUCCCCUUCCUGAGAAGUUUUAUUUUUGUCUGUACAUGCCACUUCCCCCCAUUUCCAGAUUUUAUUUCUACUUUCAAAAUGCAAUGCACAUCUCUUUUCACUUUUUGAUUUUGUUUGUUUGAUUUGUUUCCAGUGAAAGGUUUAUCAAGGUGGCAAAAAAGAAUAACCACAAAUGCGAAAAAGACCUUCAGACAGUUUCCAACAAAGGAUCUGUACUUAUUUUGUACAUGUAUAGUAUUUCGAGAUGUUUUUAAUUAUUUUGGAUGUUGAAAUAAAGCAUGACUGUGUGGUCAACUGGAUGCUGGAUAUGUUAUCUUCUUGCCAUGGCCUCAAUGCCUUUCUCUAAGCAUGAAUUAAACAAACCAUGAUGCUUUCACUCAA